AUGUCCCUCAAAACAAAUGGAGCCAGUGGCCCAGAGGUCAAUGCUCGAUCUGGCCGAAAGUCGAAGAAGUCCACAUCGGGCGGUCUCGGCGGAUUUUUGAGGGGACUACGCAAAGCCGCAGAUGAUGUCCUAGGACCCGUGCCUGGAAGCUUAGCCCCCUACGCCAGACAAUUUGCCAGUGACUUUGGCCAUGGAAUUUUUGCUGAUUUGGGAGUAGGUGCAGGUCAGAAAGUCUUUGAUGGCUAUGAAGGGACCAUAGAUAUUUUGAACAAGUCCACUCUGAUGGUGAUCACGACUGGAAAUGGAGAAGCCUCCGACAGUGCGACAGAGCUCAUGAUUAAUGACUUCGCGCCUACUAUGUUCGAAACAGAAGGUGGUACUUUCAUAAAAGUUGGGGCUGUCGACGAAGAUGGGAGUCCCUUUGUCAGGCGCAAGGUUCAUCCAUCAGCAAACGCUGAGCACUUGGAAGUAUGGAUGUUCUUCCGGCACGAAACACUGCGAAGUUCACAGAGCUGUAUCUUUAAGACAUAA